AUGGCGAUGGCGGCAGCGUCCAUCGCGGUCGCCGCGCCUCUGCGCGCCUCCGCGUCCGCGUCGCCGCGCGCCUCGCGAUCUCGCGCGGCGGCUGCGCGUCCGCGCGUCGCCGCGCCGCGCGCGUCGCCGCUCGCGCCCCGGACGCGAAAGGGCGCCGCCGUCCGCGCGGCCGCGGCCGCCGCGGACUCGUCCGACGCCACCGCGAAGAAGAAGAAGAAAGACCCCGCCGCCGCCGGGAAGAAGACGGGCGCGUCCGCGACGUCCGCGGAGAACGCCGACGCGUCCGCCGGAUCGUCGUCGUCGUCGUCGUCGCCGUCGAAGAAUGAAAAGGCGAAGGAAGCGCUCGCGGCCGCGCUCCGAUCCGGCGACGCCGUCGUCGGCCGCGUCGAGGUCGCGAACCGCGGCGGCCUCAUCCUCCGCAUAUUCAACGGCCGCUACCGCGCGUUCCUCCCGCUGUCGCAGAUGGCGUCGUCGCGCACCGCGGCCAUCAAGGGGGGGAAAUCGAAAGCCGCGGCGCAGCUGAAACGCGUCACCGCGCCGCUGGCGUCCUUCGACGACGACGACGACGGCGGCGACUUCGCGCCGCCGACGCCGCCGCCGUCGCCGCCGAAACCGAGCGCGAAGGACGCGACCGUCGCCGCGCUGGAGCAGCUCGUAGGGACGAACAUCUCCGUGCGGGUCACCGACGUCAACGAUAAGAAAAUCGUCGUCAGCGAGCGCGCGCUCGUCCAGGACGUGGGAGCCAAGGCGCUGAAGCCCGGGGACGUCGCGCGCGGCGCAGUGAUGUCCAUGUCCGAUUUCGGCGCCUUCGUGGAGAUUCUUCCCGACGACGCGAGAGCGCCGCGGUGCGAGGGUUUGAUUCACAUCUCGGAGCUGUCGUGGAAUCGCGUCUCGCACCCGCGGGACGUCGUGAAGGUCGGCGACGUCGUAUCCGUGAAGGUGCUGGAGACGAUCGCCGCGAGCGGAAACGGCGGAGACGGCGGCGGAAACGGCGGGGGGGGGGGAAACAAAGAGCGAGGUCCGCGGGGAAACGCGAGCUCGACAAACGCGCGAGUGACGUUUUCGCUUAAGCAGCUCACCGCGGAUCCGCUGCUGGAGACUCUGGACACGAUCAUGCCGGUGGCGAUGCCCGAGCCGAGCGUGGACGACGACGAGCUCGCGGACGCGCCGUUGCCGGGUUUGAACGACAUAUGCGCCAACUUGCUCGCGGAGGAUGGCAUCGACGCCGUCAUCCCGGGCCGCCAGGCGAUCGAGCAGAGAGUCGUCUCGCAGGACCUCGAGCUGUGGCUCACCAACGCCAACGUGGAGGACGGGUAUAAUCUCCUCGCGCGCGCGGGACGGCAGGUGCAGGAGAUCCACGUCGUGACGGAGCUGACGAGGGACGCGAUCAAGGUGGCCAUCAAGCGCGCGACGUCCGCGUUGAAAUGAAAUGCCGACGCGAAAGCGAAAUCGAAACGGGACUUCUGGAAGGAGAGGAGAGGAUAGGAGAGGAGGGGGGAGGUUGAUUACACUCGUGUACCCUCGACUCGAUGCAAAUCAAUAAAACUACUUUACACCUACGU